CUGAAAAAGACGACCGCUGGCAGUACACGCAACAGCAUUCUGAUUCAUCAAAUAUAACAACUUCUCUGGAAUUGGGAGAUACUAUUUCUCUCCGAAGUGAAUUUAAAAUGGAUGAAAUGGAAGAAGAAUUAAAAUGUCCUGUCUGCGGAUCUUUUUUCCGCGAGCCGAUCCUUCUACCGUGCUCUCACAACAUUUGCCUGGCUUGCGCUCGGAAUAUCCUAGUACAGACACCAGACGCCGAAUCUCCACAGAGUAGCCGUGCGUCUGGCUCGGGGCUAUCUGAUUAUGACUAUCUAGACCUGGAUAAGAUGAGCUUGUACAGCGAAGCGGACAGUGGAUAUGGCUCCUAUGGUGGAUUCGUAAGUGCCCCGACCACCCCUUGCCAGAAAUCCCCAAAUGGUGUGCGUGUAUUCCCCCCUGCCGUCCCCCAACCUCCUGCUCAGCACCACUUACUAGGACACCAGGGCUCUCUACCCCCUAUCCCCCGGAACUCCUGCAUCACCUGCCCGCAAUGCCAUCGCAGCCUCAACCUGGACGAAAGGGGGCUCCGCGGGUUUGCCAAGAACCGGGUGCUGGAAGGGGUUGUGGACCGGUACCAGCAGAGCAAAGCAGCCGCCCUCAAGUGUCAGCUCUGCGAGAAGAGUCCCAAAGAGGCCACUGUGAUGUGCGAGCAAUGUGACGUGUUCUACUGUGACCCUUGUCGCUUGAGGUGCCACCCCCCUCGAGGUCCGCUAGCCAAGCAUCGCCUCGUGCCCCCGGCGCACGGCCGGGUAAGCCGUCGGACAAGUCCCCGGAAGAUCUCUACCUGUACAGAGCACGAACUGGAGAACCUGAGCAUGUACUGUGUUCAGUGCAAGAUGCCGGUGUGUUACCAGUGUUUAGAGGAAGGGAAGCACGGAACACAUGAAGUCAAGGCUCUGGGAGCUAUGUGGAAACUACACAAGGGCCAGCUGUCCCAGGCCCUCAACAUCCUGUCUGACAGAGCUACCGAGGCCAAGGAGUUCCUGGUUCAGCUGAGGAACAUGGUGCAGCACAUCCAGCCCGCUGAUGGUCCAGGGAGACCGUUACUAGUGACAUCAGGGUGGGGAACACUGAAGGAGAACGGUGUGGAGUUCGAAGCCUGUCUGGUGGCGCAGUGUGACGCCCUCAUCGACGCCCUGAACCGACGCAAGGCCCAGCUGCUGACCCGCGUCAACAAGGAGCAUGAGCACAAGCUGAAGGUGGUGAGGGAUCAAAUAUCUCAUUGUACAGUGAAGCUGCGCCAGACAACAGGCCUGAUGGAAUACUGUGUGGAGGUCAUCAAGGAGAACGACCCCAGCGGGUUCCUACAGAUCUCAGACGCCCUGAUCAGGAGGGUGCACAUGACGGAGGGCCAGUGGGGGAAGGGAACCCUGACCCCCAGGAUGACCAGUGACUUUGACCUGACCCUGGACAGCGGGCCCCUGUUACAGACCAUCCACCAACUAGACUUCGUACAGAUGAAAGUCCCAGCAGCCCCCAUGCUCCAGCUGGAGGAGUGCUGCACCAUCAACAACAGCGCCACGUUGUCAUGGAAACAGCCACCGCUCUCCACCAUCGCCGUGGAUGGAUACAUCCUGGAGCUGGACGACGGCAACGGGGGACAGUACAGGGAAGUGUACGUGGGGACGGAGACGAUCUGCACGGUGGAUGGACUCCACUACAACAGCACCUACAUGUCCAGGGUCAAAGCCUUCAACACCAGCGGUGUGGGACAGUACAGCAAGAUACUGGCCAUGCAGACCUCCGAGAUUGCCUGGUUCACCUUUGACCCCGCGUCUGCCCACCCUGACAUCAUCCUCUCCAAUGACAACCUGACGGUGACGUGCAACAGCUACGAUGACAGGGUGGUCAUGGGUAAUUCAGGCUUCUCCCGCGGUGUGCACUACUGGGAGAUCACGGUGGAUCGCUAUGACAACCACCCGGACCCUGCGUUUGGGGUUGCCCGCGGCGACGUGCUGAAGGAUGUGAUGCUGGGGAAAGAUGAUAGGGCCUGGGCCAUGUACGUGGACAACAACCGCUCCUGGUUCAUGCACAACAACUCACACACCAACAGGACGGACGGGGGCGUCAGUAAAGGGGCUACAGUAGGAGUGUUGUUAGACUUCACCAGAAGGGUCCUCAUCUUCCUCAUCAACGACGAACAGCAGGGUCCUGUGGCCUUCGAAGGCAUCGAGGGGCUCUACUACCCUGCUAUCAGCCUCAACCGAAACGUACAGGUGACCCUGCACACCGGCCUGCCCAUUCCUGACUUCUACACUCCAGGGGAAGCAGACCUGUCUGGCUCAGUGUGUUAAGGAGUUGACUCAGCACUGCAGUGAAGCAAGAUAAGGGGCUACGUCCCAAAUGGCACACCCUAUUCCCUUCAUAGUGCACAGGGCUCAUAGAGGUCUGGUCAAACGUAGUGCACUAUAUAGGGAAUAGGGUGCCAUUUGGGACUCAGAGAAUGGCAACAAGCUGCUCACCUUCUGGGCUCUCUAAGUGUGGAUCCCAAAUGGCACCCUAUUCCCUGUAUAGUGCACUACUCUUAGCUAGACUCAUGCUAAAAAGUAGUCUGCUAUAUAAGGAAUAGGGUUCCGUUUAGUGCUCGUUCAACUCAUAGCCAUGUACACAUCACCACAUCCCUAUUCCCUAGCUUCUAUAGACCAACCAGGCCCAUUGUCAGGCGUCACACAGCGCAACCGUCGCCUGUUGAUCGCAGGACCAGCGUUGGGUUGGAGUGACGUCAGAGUCUGACGCAAGACAAUGCUCCUGCCCUCUACAGACCACUGGACGGUCCGGACCCAUAGGCUUGACUGUACAGUACAAGAUACUCUCAAUACCCAGCCAUACAGUUACUGUACAUACUUACUGAGCCAUCAACACCCAACUGUCAACUGGAAAUGGAACUCUGAUUUGGCUUAAUUAUUAUGAGUGGUUGAAAAGUGAACUAGAUUCAUCCAUCUAACCAAUCCAAGAAGAUUACUUACUGCUCAUCACCAGAUUCUAGAACCCCUCUAGACUCUAGAACCCUGCCCUGUUAGUUCUGGUUCUAGAUCUCUGAAGAAGACAACAUAAUAUGUCAUCAUAGAACCUUUAACUUUAGACAUUCUCUGUGUCUCUCUCUGUCUAUCUGUCUCUCUGUCUCUGUCUUUGUCUCUCUCUGUCUCUCUCUCUCUGUCUCUCUGUCUCUCUCUGUCUCUCGCUCUCUCUCUGUCUUUGUCUUUCUCUCUCUGUCUCUCUCUCUGUCUCUCUCUCAGCCACACACACACACACAACGACCCUGUUACCAUAGUCUGUACAAACCACUUCUCCACACUAACAUUUCAACAGAAUCCUUGUCCAACCAAACACACAUACAUGAGACUGCAGAAUGGAACAGGAGUGGAUUACCCUUGAUGACAGCCAGGGGGAGCAGAAGAGGACACUCAACUACCUGCUGAAGAGGCCCGCUGGGCCAAAACUGGUUGAAUCGACGUUGUUUCCACGUCAUUUCAACCCAAAAAAUUAAAUGUGAUGAAGUUGAAUCAACGCGAAAAACUGAUUGGAUUUGAAACAGAGUAAUCAACGCAAGGGAAUUCUGUCAUUUCUUUCACCAAACUUGUAACUUCAAUCCAAUGACAUGCUGACAUUUUGUUGUUGAUUUCACGUUAGUUGACAAGUCAACCAACUGUAUAUCAAAACUAGACGUUGAACUAAUGUCUGUUCCCAGUGGGGGAGGACUGGCUGACGGAUGUAAUGAUCCCUGACAGAAAGCAAUAGGGUGAGUUCCAAAUAGCACCCUACUCUCUUUGUAGUGCACUACUUUAGACCAGGGCCUAUCGGGUAGUGCACUACAAUAGAGCAGGGCCCAUAGGGUAGUGCACUACUGUUGACCAGGGCACAUAGUUGUUUGCUGCUCUCAAACUGGCCCGUAGGUUUCUGGUCAAAUGUAGAGCCCCACAUAGAGAACUGGGUGCCAUGUGGGACGGACUGCCAUGUGGGACGGACUGCCAUGUGGGACGGACUGCCAUGUGGGACGGACUGUCAUGUAGGACAGACUGUCAUGUGGGACGGACUGUCAUGUAGGACGGACUGUCAUGUAGGACAGACUGCCAUGUAGGACGGACUGUCAUGUGGGACGGACUGCCAUGUGGGACGGACUGUCAUGUAGGACAGACUGUCAUGUGGGAUGGACUGCCAUGUAGGACGGACUGUCAUGUGGGACGGACUGCCAUGUAGGACGGACUGUCAUGUAGGACGGACUGCCAUGUGGGACGGACUGUCAUGUGGGACGGACUGCCAUGUAGGACGGACUGUCAUGUAGGACGGACUGCCAUGUGGGACGGACUGCCAUGUGGGACGGACUGUCAUGUAGGACGGACUGCCAUGUGGGACGGACUGUCAUGUAGGACAGACUGUCAUGUGGGACGGACUGCCAUGUGGGACGGACUGCCAUGUGGGACGGACUGUCAUGUAGGACAGACUGUCAUGUGGGACGGACUGCCAUGUGGGACGGACUGCCAUGUGGGACGGACUGUCAUGUGGGACAGACUGCCAUGUAGGACGGACUGCCAUGUGGGACGGACUGCCAUGUGGGACGGACUGUCAUGUAGGACGGACUGUCAUGUGGGACGGACUGCCAUGUGGGACGGACUGCCAUGUGGGACGGUCCGCCAUGUGGGACGGACUCAUGUGGGACGGACUGUCACGUAGGACAGACUGCCAUGUGUGACGGACUGUCAUGUGGGACGGACUGCCAUGUGGGACGGACUGUCAUGUGGGACGAACUGCCACGUGGGACGGACUGCCACGUGGGACGGACUGCCAUGUGGGACGGACUGCCAUGUGGGACGGACUGCCAUGUGGGACGGACUGCCAUGUGGGACGGACCGUCAUGUGGGGCGGACUGUCACGUGGGACGGACUGCCAUGUGGGACGGACUGUCACGUGGGACGGACUUUCACGUGGGACGGACUGCCAUGUGGGGAGGACUGCCACGUGGGACGAACUGCCAUGUGGGACGGGGACGGACCGCCAUGUGGGACGGACUGUCACGUGGGACGGACUGUCACGUGGGACGGACUGCCAUGUGGGGAGGACUGCCACGUGGGACGAACUGCCAUGUGGGACGGGGACGGACCGCCAUGUGGGACGGACUGUCAUGUGGGACGGACUGCCAUGUGGGAAGGAUUGCCAUGUGGGACGGACUGGUGGGGGUGGU